AAGAAAAAGAAUUUAUCAAAAUAUAAUAACAUUUCAAUAUAAUAUAUCGUCAAUUUCAUUAUCAGUAAAAAAAUAUUUUUAAAUUAUCAACAAUGCAUUGGGGUUCUUUAAAGGGUGCGGCCGUACCUGUAUUUGUAAUUUCCGUAGCAACGCUCAAAUUGUUAAGAUAACGGCGGCGUUGAUUCAGCAUUGACGCGAGGCGUCGUGUUUUACUCGAAGAGCUAUCAUAAGUUUCGAGCACAUCGACAACAGGCGGCGCAGGUUGCAAUAAAUUUACAGUUGUAUGCGGCUAUGCUGUAGAAAACGUAAAGAACUAAAGCUAUGAGACGCCUUAUUACGACAAAAUGAAAGUGAUGAUCGUUUCCGUUUAAUUUCAUUUUGUUGCAGCAGAUUUUUAUAAAAAAAAAUAAUGGAUAAAAGAAAUAAAGUAGAUUUAAUAUUGACAUGCAAUAAUCCUAUAAGUAUGUCAAAAAAAUAUAUAAAUCAAGAAUAUAUAAUUAGUCAUUUCAAUGAUAUUAAAUCAUGUGAAAAUAUAUUUCUAUGGCUUGAUAAAUUUAAUAAUCUAAUGUGUUCAUCUGUGGGACAUAGAAGUUAUGAAUUAUUAAAACAUUUACUUUUCCUUUACACACAAAAUAUUUUAACUAAUAUAAAUACAUAUUGUGAAAAAGUAUUGGAUAUGACAAAAUUAAAAAAUCAUCUGAGUACUACAUUAACAUUUUUUCAUCUUUAUUGGAAUGAUAUUAAAGAGCAUGUUAAUGAUUACAACUCGUAUUUAAAUGAAAUGUCAAUACUAUUAGGAAUAUACAUAGAUAUAGAACUUAAAACUUUUACACACACUAUGGAUUCAUCUAAAAUUGCUUCAAAACUGCUUUCAGCAUUAUGGAUAUAUCUAAGUAACUCAGAAAAACAUAUUUUUAGAGUAUUGCUUAAACUAAAAUUUGUUACUAAAAAAUAUUCAAAAAUUUUUGAUUUUAUAUUCAUGAAAAGUUUUACUAGUUUCAAGAAAAGUGUAGAAUCUUUAACAGAUGUAGAGUAUGUUAGAUAUUUACUUGUUCUAAAAAUAUGGAAAAAAAUGAAAGAAACUAUAGAAGAAAAAAAGGAAGUGAAUAAGAUAGCUUUAACAAUAUUAGGUCCAUGUAUUCCAAAAAUGCGAGAUGAAUUAUUGAAAAUUAUAUGUAAAAUUCCAACAGAAUUUGAAAAUGGAACUCUUGCUCUAUUACAACCAAAUGUAUUUAAUUUAAAAACUGCAUGUAAUAAUUUUUUAGUAUUUGAAGAAGCAAUUGAAUCUAAAGAUAAUUUCAUAACACAAAAUUCUGAUUUAUAUUUACAGGAUUUAUAUAGUGUUCAAAAAAGUUUUAUAAACUGUGAAUUAAUAAAAAAUAAUACAGAAAAUAAUCAUGCUUUUAAAGAUGGAAUAAAAAAUAAUAAAAAUAAUGAUGAACUUCUCCCAUCAAGAAACAAAUUUAAAAAUUAUAAAAAGAUAUCAAAAUUAAAACCUGGAGAAUUAAUUUUAAUUGAUUUAACUAAAGAAGAUGAACUAAAAACAGAUAAAAAGAAAAGAAAGAAAAAAUGUCAAAGAAAUUUAGAAUGGUUAAAAAUGGUAAAGAAAAAAUAUAAAAUACAGAAACAAAUUGAUGAACUAAAACAUAGAAAUCAAAUAAAAAUUUCAGAUGCUCAUAAUAUAAAGAACUCUGAAAAUUUUUCCCAUAACAUUCUUCUUGAAAAACAACUAAUUUCAAAUAAUAAGAUUAAUGAAAAUACAGAAAGUAGUACUUUAAUGGAAAAAUCAUUUCAGGAUAAUACUCAUAAUUUAAAAAAUACACAAGAUUAUAUUCUCAAUAAAAAUGAAGUAAAAUAUAUGUUUCAACAUAAACAAUGUGAUACAUGUAAUUCAUCAACAAAACAAACUGAUACACAACUCAAUAAAGUUCUAUAUUUGCUGGAAAUUCUAAGUACUAUGGGACAAAAUAUUAAAGAACCAAGAACUAUAUUAAAUCUAUUGAAAGAAAAUAGGAAUGAAAAUAAAAUGUCUUCUGAAUAUAACAUUUUUUAUAAAAAUAUAAUUAAUGAAUGUAAUGAAAUGAAUACUCAACAAGAAAGUUCCAUAAAGACAAUAUUAUUGUCAAAGGAGUGCCAAAAUGAUAUUACAGAUGUACAAUCCAUAAAACAAGAAUUACCAACAAAUAUAGAUCUUAAUGUGAUAGAAAAAAAUACUUACUGUCAAAAUGAAUCUAUUUAUGUACAAAGUGAUGGUCAUUUGCAAUCCAUGAAUAAUCCAGAAAUAAUAGAAACCAUGAAACAAAAUAUUGCUCAUGAAAUUCAUGAAUGCACAAAUUGUUGUAAAAAAAUUGAUAUAAAACCUUUUUCCUACCAUAACAAUAGCAUAUUUAAUAUCACAAAAAAUGAUGUGGCGCAAAAUACAGUAGAUAAGGAUGCUAUUGGUAAAACAUCAAUUUGUGACAAAAAUAUAAUGUGUAUAUUAAAUGAUCUUGAUAAAUGUAUGGAUGUUUUAAAUCGUAUUGGUGAACAUAUUAUGACUGUUUAUGCGGAAAAACAACAAGUUUUGGAAAAUGAAUCUACAGAAUCAUCAUCAAAAUGGAUACAAAACAUCAAUUCAUUGACAAAUGCAGAAAGAGAAGAACUUAGCAAAAUUUUAAAAUUUCAUGGAAAAAAAGACUUAUUAAAUAUAUGCAAAUGUCAAGAUAUUAAUUUUUUGGAUAAACUUUAUAAAUCAAUAUCUCAAUCAGAAGAAUAUUGUUCUCAUGGAAAAAAUAAUAUUCUUCUCGAAAACAAAUCACUUUCAAAUUCUAUAGGUAACUAUAUAAAAUCUAAAUUUGAACAUCCUAUUAAAGAAGAAAAUAAUGAAAAUUUUGAAAUUUUAAAAGAUAAGAUAUUGAAAACAAAUGAAUGUAAAAUUAGUACAUCAAUAGAUCAGAUAUGUGAUAUAUCUUCUAUACAUGAUUUGAAAAAUACUAAAGAAUUAGAUCGAAAUAUAAAUUGGGAAAUAGAAAAUUCUAAAGUAGAAAAUUUGCCACAAAAAAAUGAUGCAAAAUCAUGUUCUGUAGAUGAAUUUGAAAAUAUUGAUAUUUUAGAUAGUAUUCUAAAUGUACAUAUAACUAUUAAGGAUGAACAAGAAAUUUGGGAAAAUUCACAAUCUCCAUUGAUGUCGCCAAUUAAUUAUGAUAAUUCAAAUAGUGUAUUAGAUUGUAUUAAAGAUUUUUUUUCACCAUCUGAAUAUAUACAUUCUAAUGAAACAGAAGAAAAAUAUAUUUUAUCAAAUACAGAAAAUUCUCAAACAUUAUUACCUGAAGGUAGUCUUGGAAUAACUGGAAUAUUAAAUAGUUUAUUUGAUUUUGAUUCUCCUUCAAAUGAUUUUAUGUAUUCAAAUACACAGGCAAUUAAUCCGCGAUUAAUUAAAAAAACUUUUAAAGAUGAAAUAUCAACAAAAAAUUCUAAUAUAUCUGAAUUGAAUUUUGAAGAAAAAAUUACAGAAAAGAAUGAUUUAGAAAAUACAUUUUUACAAGAAAAUAAGGAAUUAUAUAAUCAAAAUCGUUAUGUUGAUGAUAGUAUGGAUAUAGUUGGAUUUGGAUUGAACUCAAGUGCAGAAGAAAUAAUUGAUUCUUAUUCAUUGAGUAAAAGUAUACCUUCAUUUUCUGAUCAUUCAACUGUUUUAGUCAAUUCAGGUAACAUAUCUUCUGAAGAUAAAGAAUUAUUUCCUAAAUACAGUCUUUCUAGUCCUACUGAUAAGUUUAAUACUGGUAAUUUUAUAGAAAAAUCAUAUAUUUUUCAAAAAAAAGAUAUUAAUCAAGUUCAACCACUUAGUGAUACAAAAAAUCAAGAUUUAUCUGAAAUUUGUAUUACUAAUAACAUUUCAUCAAAUAUGAAUUAUAUAUUAAAUCAAUCAAGAGAUAAUGUUCAGUCAUCACAAAAAUAUGCAUGUACAGAACUUGAAACUAGUCCUUUUAUAAAAAAACAAUCUUUAGAUUCUUGUGAUUUAUUGUCUUCCACAGAUUCAAUAUCAUGUAACAUUGAUACAACAUUUCAAUGUGUUAAACAAAAACAUAAAAAUUCUAUGAGACAAAGAAAUAUUCAAAAAACUAUGCAAUAUAAUAAAGAAAAACAAAAUCAUAUUACAAAACGUAAAAUAAAAAUUAGUACACAAUCUAAAUUACCUAAAUGGACAUUAAAUUCUAAAAGAAAAAUUAAAAUGAAAAAAAAAGAAAAAGAAUCAUUUACAUCUAUUAUUCAACCCAAUCAAGAUGAAUUAAACUUAAGAUGUUCAGAAAUUACUAUUAUCAAUCCUUUGAAUUAUCAAAAUAUACAAAAUACAUGUGAAUCACCAUUGUCAACAUUUCAAAUGUCAUAUUGUCAAACAUCUCCUAAAAAUUGUUGUACAUCUAAAAAGAAAAAUAAACAAUUAAAUUACCCAGGGGUAAAACAUAUGUCUCAACAAAAACAAAUUUUAUUUAAUCUUUAUGAAGAUUCUAUGGUGGAUACAAUCUACAAAGAAGAUUCCAAAUUAGAAAAUCCUCAAGAUAUUAUGGAAGACAUCUCAGAAGAUUCAAGUAUAUCAAAUAUAUCUGAAAAAUCACAUAUAUCUAAAAAUAAAUCUUGUUUCAAAUUAUCAGAAAAAAAUAUGGAAAUUGAUACUGAUAUAAUCAAAGCAAAUCUCAUAACAGAUAAGAAUACAACUAAAGUUUCAAAUAAUAUUGGAAAAUCUAAUGCCAAAUGGUCAUUACAAGAUAUAGAUAUGCAACCAUCAAAUUCUAUUAAAGAACAAAUAAUUACAACUUUGAAUGAAGAUAUAUCUUUGAAAAAAAGAAAAUUACAAUUUCAAAAUUUUAUUCAACCAACUUCAACAAAUGGAAUUCUUUGUUCUAUAAAUCAGCAAAAAAAUAAAAAAAAUCAUUGUGUCUCUAUAAAAAAGAAAGUUUUAGAAUAUCAUCAUGUUGAAUAAAUAAAUAUAAAUUUUGUAUAAUUAAAUAUUUUUAUGAAAUAACUAUAUUAUGUAUAAUAAAAUUUAUAUAUAUUUCACAUUUUGUCUACAUAUUCAAAUAAUGGCAUCAAAAACACAGUGUGGUAGUUUUAUCAAAUAGAGAAGUUUUAAUAUUUAAUUAGAUUUAAUAUUUUAAUAUUAAAUUUCAAAGACUCCAAAUUAAUAAUUCUCCUCAUGGAAGAUCAACAUUGGAAGACAUUUUAUUGUUUUGAGUGCCUUUUAAACAUCUUAUAAGUAAAAUAUUUUAUAUAAUCAAAAAUGCAUUUAUGCAUAGAGAAGAAUAAAUUUUAUGUCAUUUUGCAAUUCAAGACUGAUAUUUAAAUUUUAGUAACACGGACAUUAAAAUGUAAAAAGAAAAUUAAAAUGAAAAAAGAAGAAAAAGAAUUAUUUUUAUCUAUUGUUCAAUUCAAUCAAAAUGAAUUGAACUUAAAAUAUUCACUGAAUAUUAUUAUGAAUUAUCAAGAUGUGCAAAAUACAUGUAAAUCACUAUUGUUAACAUAUUUCACAUAUUGUCAUAUUGUCAAACAUCAUCUAAAAAUUAUUAUACAUCUAAAAAUAUACACAAACAACUAAAAUGUGCAGGUGUUCAACAAUUAAAACGUAUAUCUCAACAAAAAGAACAAAUUUUACUAAGUUUUCAUGAAGAUUCUAUGAUGGAUACAAUCUACAAGGAAGAUUUUAAAUUAGAGAAUUCUCAGUCUACCAUGGAAGAUAACAUCUUGGAAAAUUCAAGUAUGUUAAAUGUAUUUGAAAAAUCACAUACACCUGAAAACAAAGUAUUUUAUUUUAAAAUAUAAAAAAAAAAAACAUAAAGAUUAAUAUUGAUGUUAUCAAAUUGAAUCUCAUAACAGAAUAUAAAUAUAAUUAAAAUUUUAAAUAAUAUUAUAAAAUCUAUCAUCAAGUGAUCAUUACAGAACAUAGAUACAUUAUUAAGUCCUCUGAAAGAGCAAGUAAUUAUACUUUUGGAUAAACAUAUACUUUUGAAGAAAAGAAAAUUAAAUUUUAAAAUUUUUUUUCAACCAACUUCAACUUUAAAAAUAAAUGUAAUUGUUUACUGCACAGUCAACAAAAAAUUUAAAAAAGAAACAAAAUGUUAUAUAUCUUCAAGAAAAGGUAUGAUAUGUACAAACAGAAGAAUAUAAGUAGGUGAGUUGAUUAGAAUUUUUCCAGAAUAAAGCUUAUUUUUUUCCAAUAUAAGUAAAUAUUUCAUAUAUAUUUGCAAAUAAAUUUAUAUUAAACUUCCAAACUA